CAAAGGGUGUGGUAAUCAUCUCCCUUUUGUUCGUAAAAGGGAAAUGGGGACUAUUAAGAGCAUGGAACUACGCAUGCUAGUCUACAACUACAACCUUUGUGGCCUCUCCAACCGUUAUAUAUGCUCACCAAAUCACACCCCCAAAUUGUCAAUCUUUUUCUAUUUUGCUUUGUUCAUUGAGCAGAGGACAUUACCUUUGUUUCUUCUAAAAUUAAAAACACAAAAGUGAGAAAAAUGGAGGGAGAUAUGGAAAUGAAACCAUCCAAGUUCAAGAGAAUUUGUGUCUUCUGUGGGAGCAGCCCUGGAAGGAAGAGCAGUUAUAAAGAAGCUACUAUUGAGCUUGGCAGGGAACUGGUUUCGAGAAACAUUGAUCUGGUCUAUGGAGGAGGUAGUAUUGGAUUAAUGGGUUUGAUUUCUCAAGCAGUUUUCGAUGGUGGCCGCCAUGUCAUUGGAGUGAUUCCCAAGACACUUAUGCCAAGAGAGAUAACUGGAGAAACAGUGGGGGAAGUUAAGGCAGUAGCAGACAUGCACCAAAGAAAAGCAGAGAUGGCUAGACAAUCUGAUGCCUUCAUUGCCUUACCUGGUGGCUAUGGAACUCUUGAAGAACUUCUGGAAGUCAUAACCUGGGCCCAACUUGGAAUCCACGAUAAACCGGUGGGAUUGUUGAAUGUGGAUGGAUACUACAAUUCGUUGUUGUCAUUUAUUGACAAAGCAGUGGAAGAAGGUUUCAUCAGUCCCAAUGCUCGCCAUAUCAUAGUGUCGGCUCCCACUGCAAAAGAAUUGGUCGAAAACAUGGAGGAGUAUGAACCACAGCAUGAAAGAGUUGCUUCGAAGCUAAAUUGGGAGAUGGAACAGUUAAGCUAUCCAGCAAAAUGUGAAAUCUCUAGGUGAAUUGAGAGAUCCGAGGCAUUGGCAAAAAGAAAACAGAAAGAAAUGCAGAUUUCAUGGGAACUAAUUUUAGGAGAUGAAAAUUCUUCCUGAUAGGUAUUGUUAAUUAAUUUACUCAUUUUCUGAUAAAACUAUAUACUACCCCCUCCCCCAUUAACCUUUUCUAUCUUUUUGAAGUUGAAUUUUGAUUAUGUAAUGCUCAACCUUUUGUGGCAAAGUUGCUGUGAAAUGAAAAAGAAAUUUGUCCCAUGGUUUGGAAUUAUGUUGUAUAAA